CGGAAGCGGAAACCAGCCCAGCGCGGGCGCAGGCGGGAGAAGGAAGAGGAGUAACUUCCGUUUGUCGGAAGUCGCUCCUCCCCCUUCCUUCUCUCGGCGUCUUUGGGAUUGGUUCCAGGCACCCCGGCCCCGCCUCCUCCGGCCCCGCCCCUCGCGCCCGCUUUUCCCGCCUCCGCCGGGGCUGAGCGGCGGUCCGGGUGACAGUUGAGGAUGGCUGGAGCCGAGGGGACCGCGGGGCGGCAGUCGGAGCUGGAGCCCGUGGUAUCGUUGGUCGAUGUACUUGAGGAGGACGAGGAGCUGGAGAAUGAGGCGUGCGCCGUACUUGGCGGCAGCGACUCCGAGAAGUGCUCCUACUCGCAGGGCUCAGUAAAGAGACAAGCACUGUAUGCCUGUAGUACUUGCACCCCAGAGGGAGAAGAACCAGCAGGAAUUUGCCUAGCUUGCAGUUAUGAAUGUCAUGGAAGUCAUAAACUAUUUGAGCUAUACACAAAAAGAAAUUUUCGUUGUGAUUGUGGAAACAGCAAGUUUAAAAAUUUGGAAUGCAAAUUAUUUCCUGAUAAAGCAAAGAUAAAUUCUAGCAAUAAGUACAAUGACAACUUUUUUGGAUUGUACUGCAUUUGCAAGAGACCUUAUCCUGAUCCUGAGGAUGAGAUUCCCGAUGAGAUGAUCCAGUGUGUAGUCUGUGAAGACUGGUUCCAUGGAAGGCAUCUUGGUGCCGCCCCCCCUGAGAGCGGGGACUUCCAGGAGAUGGUGUGCCAGGCUUGCAUGAAACGCUGUUCAUUCUUGUGGGCUUAUGCUGCGCAGCUGGCCGUAACCAAAGGAACUGCGGAAGAGGAUGGGUUGGUAUUGAAUGUUGAUGGAGUAGGAGAUCAGGAAGCUCUCCAGCCUGAAAACGGGGCUCAUCAAGAUGGUGCCCUUAAAGAGGAUGUUUCCGAACAUGGACAGGCGGCUGUGAGGGCACUGAAAGCAGGGCCGACGAACGAACCGUGCACCAGCUCUAGUUCUGAAUCUGACCUCCAGACAGCAUUUAAGAAUCAACAUCUCAACACAGAAUCACAGUCUGGCUGCAAACUUCAGGAGUUUAAAGCUAAGCAGUUUAUAAAGAAAGACACUGCCACCUAUUGGCCCGUGAACUGGCGUAGCAAGUUGUGUACCUGCAAUGAUUGUACGAAAAUGUAUGGCGACCUAGAUGUCCUGUUCCUGACAGAUGAAUAUGACACAGUUCUGGCUUAUGAAAACAAAGGCAAGGUUGACCAGGCAGCUGACAGGAGGGACCCUUUAAUGGACACUCUUAACAGCAUGAACAGAGUCCAGCAAGUGGAACUUAUUUGUGAAUACAAUGACUUGAAGACUGAACUUAAAGACUAUCUCAAGAGAUUUGCUGAUGAAGGCACAGUGGUUAAGAGAGAAGACAUCCAGCAGUUCUUUGAAGAAUUUCAGUCAAAAAAGAGAAGAAGAGUGGAUGGGAUGCAGUAUUAUUGCAGCUAGAGGGGAGCAAGGCACCUUCUCAUCCAGGCCAAUGAAGAUGCCACUUACUGGCCCAGGAAUAAAAAGAGGCGUAUUUCACCUUUGGUCCUCUCUCCGUCUCUCCCUGGAGAGGCCUCCUCCUCCAGCCUCGAGCUUCCUUCACUCUCCUUAACAACAGUAGCCACAGUGUUUGUGCUGAUUUCAUAACCAGCAUUCUUCUUUCUGACUCAGCUAAGUGCAGCCCAUUCCACAGAGUCCAGCCCCCACCCCUGUCUAGCCGGGGUUCUUUGCUCGUAACUUUAAGAUGUUUGAUUUGGUUUUGAGAAAGUAAACUAGUUUAUUUUUUCCCGA